GGAAACUCGUUGAUUUCAUUUAAUACCAAACGAAGCUUCGUCAAGAACAUGUCUACGUUUAAAGUUGUUGUUUUCCUUGUUGUUAUAGUCACAGUUAAUUGCGCAUCACUUCCUUCGUACAUAAAAACAUGUGCGAGAACUUUAAGUCCACAAGAAUUUUCUAAAUGUGCUACCGAAAAUGGAAAAUUAGCAAUUCCCUCUGUCUUGAAAGGUGAUAGAACGUUCAAGGUUCCCCCAAUGGUUCCUCUUCGGUUGCCAAAAGUCGAAUUACAAGCCGGCCAAGGUCUUAAACUAAAAGCAACGGACAUAAUAGCAUCCGGCCUUGACACAGUCAAUCUUCAAGAUAUAACCGCCGAUUUCGACAAUAAAAAAUUCACGGCCAAACUUCAUUUCGAUUAUAUCACAAUUGUUGGGGAUUAUGAGGUUGAUGGAAGAUUAUUGGUGCCUUUAAGAGGACAUGGUCCAUUAAAUAUAUCAAUUUAUGAUGUUAAUGUUGAAUAUGGUUUUAAUUAUGACCUCGUAAAAAAGAACGGAGCCGAUUAUAUAAACGUAAAAAGUGACACUUUAAAAUUAAAGAGUCAAAAACAAUUUUACAAGUUAGAUAAUUUGUUUGGAAAUCCCAGAAUUAGCGAAGAAACCAAUAAAGUUUUGAACGAAAACGCAUCUGAGAUAUCAAAAGAAUUAAACGGGCCUGUAUCCGAAAUUAUUAAAACGUUAGUAACGCAAUUGGUGAAAAAUUACAUGACUGGGGUUAGCAUAGCGGAGAUUUUCCCAGAGAAAUAAUAAGGGUAUUAAAAUUAAGUUUGGUUGUGUUGUUAAAAAGCGAAAUAAAUCUUUUGUUCCUUUUACAA